AGGGUGUUGUUGUAUUAACGAUCCUCCCUUGUUAAAAACAAAAGUGUGAUUUCUUAGCUUUUUGGAAGCAAAACCUGUCCCCCUCUGGCUCUGUGAUCACCCCCCUGCGGAGUCCAGUUCAGGUGUGACCCAGUGCAGUUUCCAAGGGCUGCUGUAACAAGCACCACAAACUGGAGGGCCUAGAACAACAGAGAUUUAUUGCCUCACAGUUCUGGAGGCCAGAAGUCUGAAAGCAAGGUGUCAGCAGGGCCCUGCCCCCUCUCAGGGUGCUGUGGGAGGGCCUGCUGUAGACCUCUCUCCUAACUUCUGGUGGUCUGUUGGCAGCCUGAUGUUCCUUGACUUCUGCAUCCCCCCAUCUCAGCCUUCAUCUUCAAGUGGCAUUCUCCCUGUGUGUCCAGAUUCCCCUUUUAAAGACAUCAGUCGUACUGGAUUAGGGACCUCCCUGCUCUGGCAUGGCCUCAUCUUCAACUAAUGACAUCUGUAAGACUCUUUCCAAAUGAGGUCGCAUUCUGAGCUGGGAAUGUUGGGACUUCAACAUAUGAAAUCUGGGUGGGGGAGGCAGUUCAGCUCGUAACACCCGGUGUCUCCUUCUGGUCUCAGUGGCUCCACGACAAGUGGGGGUGAGAAUGAGCGUGAUGACGUGGAGCAGGAGUGGAAGCCCCCAGAUGAGGAAUUAAUCAGGAAACUGGUGGAUCAGAUCGAAUUCUACUUUUCCGAUGAAAACCUGGAGAAGGACGCCUUCCUGCUAAAGCACGUGAGGAGGAACAAGCUUGGAUAUGUGAGCGUUAAGCUACUCACGUCCUUCAAAAAGGUGAAACAUCUUACACGGGACUGGAGAACCACAGCGCAUGCCCUCAAGUACUCAGUGACCCUCGAGUUGAACGAGGACCACCGGAAGGUGAGGAGGACCACCCCUGUCCCGCUCUUCCCCAAUGAGAACCUCCCCAGCAAGAUGCUCCUGGUCUAUGAUCUCUACCUGUCCCCCAAGCUGUGGGCCCUGGGCACCCCCCAGAAGAACGGGAGGGUGCAGGAGAAGGUGAUGGAACACUUGCUCAAGCUCUUUGGGACCUUUGGCGUCAUCUCAUCAGUGCGGAUCCUCAAACCCGGGAGAGAGCUGCCCCCUGAUAUUCGGAGGAUCAGCAGCCGGUAUAGCCAGGUGGGGACCCAGGAGUGCGCCAUUGUGGAGUUCGAGGAGGUGGAAGCGGCCAUCAAAGCCCAUGAGUUCAUGAUCAUGGAAUCUCAGGGCAAGGAGAACAUGAAAGCUGUCCUGAUUGGUAUGAAGCCACCCAAAAAGAAACCUCCCAAAGACAAGGCCCAGGAUGAGGAGCCCACCGCAAGCAUCCACUUGAACAAGUCCCUGAACAAGAGAGUCGAGGAGCUUCAAUACAUGGGUGACGAAUCUUCUGCUAACAGCUCCUCUGACCCCGAGAGCAAUCCCACGUCCCCUAUGGCUGGCCGGCGGCAUGUGGUCACCUGCAAACUCAGCCCUUCUGGCCACCAGAAUCUCUUUCUGAGCCCGAAUGCCUCUCCGUGCUCAAGUCCUUGGAGCAGCCCCUUGGCUCAACGCAAAGGUGUUUCCAGAAAAUCCCCCCUGGCUGAGGAAGGCAGGCUGAACUCCAGCACCAGUCCUGAGAUCCUUCGCAAGUGCACAGAUUAUUCCUCUGACAGCAGCGUCACUCCCUCUGGCAGCCCCUGGGUUCGGAGGCGCCGCCAAGCCGAGAUGGGAACGCAGGAGAAGAGCCCCAGAGCGAGUCCCCUCCUCUCUCGGAAGAUGCAGACUGCAGAUGGGUUACCUGUGGGGGUGCUGAGGUUGCCCAGAGGCCCUGACAACACCAGAGGAUUCCAUGGUGCACACGAGAGGAGCAGGGCCCAUGUAUAAAUAAAUACCUUCUAUUUUUAAUACCAGCUCCAUUGAAAACCACCUCUGUUUUCAAGGUUCUGACAAAUACCUGGCAUGCCAUAGAAUGAAAUUAAGUCUCCUUUCAAAGAUUUUGUAUACAUGUAAACCUCUUAAUUUAUAUAUUUGUAAUGUACAUAAAUUGUCCAGUACGCUCUGGUUUUAAGACCAUCUUCUAGGUCAGAACACCCCUUCCUCCCGGCAUGACCAUCGUUGUGAUGCUGCCGUGUGUGUGUGUGUGUGUGUGUGUGUGUCACGGCUCUGUAUGGCUGUGGGAUGGGCUCCCCGGGGAAGGUCUGGCAGCGAGUCUCUUCUUUGGGGCAGGGUUCUUCUCUCCGGUGACUAAGCUGUCCUCAGUUGGCCAUGCAGGGGCUGCUGAGAGCCCAGAGGAGUUCUGUUGUGCAAUGUCAACUAGUUAAGCCUGUAGCAUGGUGUCUUCUAGGACCUAAUAUAUGUUUCCUGUCAAGUGAAUAAAAAAUAAAAUACUCAACUGGGA